UCAGAGUGCUCACACUGUGGAAAAACCUUACAAAUGUAAGGAAAGUGACCAGUACUUUACACAUGAUGAACAAUUUGGAAGUCAUCAGAGUGCUCACACUGUGGAAACACCUUAUAAAUGUAAGGAAUGUGACAUGUCCUUUACACAUGACUCAGAACUUAGAAGUCAUCAGAGGGCUCACACUGUGGAAAAACCUUACAAAUGUAAGGAAUGUGACCAGUCCUUUACACAAGACUCCCAACUUAGAAGCCAUCAGAGUGCUCACAAUGCGGGAAAACCUUACAAAUGUAAGGAAUGUGACAUGUCCUUUACACAUGACUCCCAACUUAGAAGUCAUCAGGCUGCUCACACUGUGGAAAAACCUUACAAAUGUAAGGAAUGUGACAUGUCCUUUACACAUGACUCCCAACUUAGCAGACAUCAGAGUGCUCACACUGUGGAAAAACCUUUCAAAUGUUUUGAAUGUGACCAGACAUUUACACAUGACUCCCAACUUAGAAGUCAUCAGGCUGCUCACACUGUGGAAAAACCUUACAAAUGUAAGGAAUGUGACAUGUCCUUUACACAUGACUCCCAACUUAGAAGCCAUCAGAGUGCUCACACUGUGGAAAAACCUUACAAAUGUAAAGAAUGUGACCAGUCUUUUACAAAUGACUCCCAACUUAGAAGCCAUCAGAGUGCUCACACUGUGGAAAAACCUUUCAAAUGUUUGGAAUGUGACCAGUCCUUUACACAAGAAUCCCAACUUGGAAGACAUCAGAGUGCUCAUACUGUGGAAAUACCUUACAAAUGUAAGGAAUGUGACCAGACCUUUACAAAUGACUCCCAACUUAGAAGUCAUCAGGUUGCUCACACUGUGGAAAAACCUUACAAAUGUAAGGAAUGUAUCCAGUUCUUUACACAAGACAAACAACUUAGAAGUCAUCAGGCUGCUCACACUGUGGAAAAACCUUACAAUUGUAAAGAAUGUGACCAGUCCUUUAUAAAUGACUCCCAAUUUAGAAGCCAUCAGAGUGCUCACACUGUGGAAAAACCUUUCAAAUGUUUGGAAUGGUGCAGGUCCUUUACAUAUGACUCCACACUUAGAAGCCAUGAGAGUGCUCACACUGUGGAAAAACCUUUCAAAUGUAAGGAAUGUGACCAGACUUUUACACAAGAAUCCCAACUUAGAAGCCAUCAGAGUGCACACACUUUGGAAAAACCUUACAAAUGUAAACAGUGUGGCAAGUCCUUUACACAUGACUCAGAAAUUAGAAGGCAUCAGAGUGCUCACAAUCUGGAAAAACCUUACAAAUGUAAGGUAUGUGAAAAGUCCUUUACACAUGACUCCCAACUUAGAAGCAAUCAGUGUACUCACAAUGUGGAAAAACCUUACAAAUGUAAGGAAUGUGACAUGUCCUUUACACAUGACUCCCAACUUAGAAGCCAUCAGAGUGCUCACACUGUGGAAAAACCUUACAAGUGUAAGGAAUGUGACAAGUCCUUUACGCACCACAAACACCUUGUAAGUCAUCAGGUUGCUCACACUGUGGAAAAACCUUACAAAUGUAAAGAAUGUGAUAUGUGCUUUACACAUGACUCACAACUUAGGAGCCAUCAGAAUACUCAUGCUGUGGAAAAACUUUACAAAUGUAAGGAAUGUGACAAGUCCUUUACACAUGACUCAGAACUUGGAAGCCAUCAGAGUGCUCAUACUGUGGAAAUACCUUACAAAUGUAAGGAAUGUGACCAGUCCUUUACACAAGACUCCCAACUUGGCAGACAUCAGAGUGCUCACACUGUGGAAAAACCUUACAAAUGUAAGGAAUGUGACCAGACCUUUACACAAGACUCCCAACUUAGAAGUCAUCAAAGUGUUCACACUGUAGAAAAACCUUACAAAGGUAAAGAAUGUGACAAGUCCUUUACACAUGACUCAGAACUUGGAAGCCAUCAGAGUGCUCAUACUGUGGAAAAACCUUACAAAUGUAAAGAAUGUGACAAGUCCUUUACACAUGACUCAGAACUUGGAAGCCAUCAGAGUGCUCAUACUGUGGAAAAACCUUACAAAUGUAAAGAAUGUGACAAGUCCUUUACACAUGACUCAGAACUUGGAAGCCAUCAGAGUGCUCAUACUGUGGAAAAACCUUACAAAUGUAAAGAAUGUGACAAGUCCUUUACAACUGAUUCACAACUUAGAAGCCAUCAGAGUUCUCACACUGUGGAAAAACCUUACAAAUGUAAAGAAUGUGACAAGUCCUUUACACAUGACUCAGAACUUAGAAGCCAUCAGAGUGCUCACACUGUGGAAAAACGUUUCAAAUGUUUGGAAUGUGACAGGUCCUUUACAUAUGUCUCAGAACUUAAAAGUCAUCAGAGUGCUCACACUGUGGAAAAACCUUACAAAUGUAAGCAAUGUAACAAGUCCUUUACACAUGGCUCCCAACUUAGACGUCACCAGAUUUCUCACACUGUGGGAAAACCUUACAAAUGUAAGGAAUGUAACAAGUCCUUUACACAUGGCUCCCAACUUAGAAGUCACCAGAGUUCUCAUUCUGUGAAAAAACGUUACAAAUGUAAGGAAUGUGACAAAUCCUUUACAUAUGACUCACAACUUAGAAGCCAUCAGAGAGUUCAUACUAAAGAGAGACCUUAUAGUUGUCAGGAAUGUGACACAUCUUUUACCAGUUUGACAGAUCUUACAAGACAUGAGAGAAUUCAUACUGGAGAGAGACCUUACAAAUGUUUGGAAUGUGAUAAAACCUUUACCCGGGACACACAUCUUAGAACCCAUCAGCGGGUUCAUACUGGCGAGAAACCUUAUAAAUGUGUUAAAUGUGGCAAAUCCUUUACAUGGAACUCACAACUUAAAAGACAUCGGAGUGUCCAUACUGAGGAGAUACCUAACAAAUCUGUGGAAUGUGACAAGUCCUCUACCCAAGACUCACAACUUAGAACACAUCAGAGAGUUCACACUAGUGAGAGACCUUAUAGUUGCCAGGAAUGUGACAAAUCCUUUACCAGUUGCUCAGAUCUUAAAAGACAUGAGAGAGUUCAUACUGGAGAGAGACCUUACAAAUGUAAGGAAUGUGGCAAGUCCUUUACCCGGGACUCACAUCUUAGAACACAUCAGAGGGUUCAUACUGGGGAGAAACCUUACAAAUGUAAGGAAUGUGACAAAACCUUUACCUGGAACGCACAAUUUAGAAGACAUCAGCGUGUUCACUCUGGGGGGAAACCAUACAAAUCUAUGGAAUGUGACAAGUCCUUGACACAGGACUCAAAACUUAGAAGAAAAGAGAGAGUUCGUAAUAAAGGGAGACCUCACAUUUGUCAGGAAUGUAACAAAUCCUUUAUCUGUUGCUCAGAUCUUAAAAGACAUGAGAGAGUUCAUACUGGAGAGAGACCUUACAAAUGUAAGGAAUGUGGCAAGUCCUUUACCCGAGACACACAUCUUAAAACACAUCAGAGGGUUCAUACUGGGGAGAAACCUUACAAAUGUAAGGAAUGUGACAAAUCCUUUACCUGGAACUCACAAUUUAGAAGCCAUCAGAGUGUUCACAUUAAGAAGAAACCUUUCAGAUGUAUGAAAUGUGACAAUUCCUUUAGCAAGUUGUCACUUCUCAUAAUACAUCAGAGAGUUCAUACUGGAAAGAGACCUUACAGUUGUAAGCAAUGUGACAAACCCUUUACUAGGUGCAAGCAUCGUGGAACACAUCAGAACAUUCAUACUGGAAAAAACAUUUCCAAAUGCAAAGACUGAUGUGUCCUCUAUCCAUAUUGCAUGUCUUAGGAGACAUUAGGAAAUUCAUACUAGAGAGAUAAACACCCAAUGUAAAUUUUGUGAAGCAUUUUUCUUGUAUUCUCUGCUUACAAAUAACAACAGUAUAUAUAAUCGAAAGAUAAAGAUAAGAAAGUUGUAGGAACCAUUAAUGAAGUUUAAAUCUUAGAAAAUAUCACGUAGUUUAUGCCAAAUUAAAAUUCUUCCAUGUUA